GGGGGGUCGGGCUCCGGGCCAGCGAGCGCUGGGCGGGCGUCCCGCCAGACAGCGGGUCUGCUGCAGGGGGCCAGGGCGCCGGGGGCUGCUAGUUCCCUGGCCUGCAUCUGCGCGCCGGCCGGAUCCCCCGGGAGCAUGGGGCUCCCCAGGAGCCUGGAUUCAGAUAAUGGAAAUCCUCAACACCGCUCCCUGAGAAGGCCUUCCCCAGAAACAACAGCCUCAAGCUGGGGGAAAAGAUGCACCCAGGCGCCUGCGAGGGGGAUGCCUGUCACCCUGCGACGGGGCCGUGGCAACGGAGAGAUUGCAGUUCCUUCAUCAGUUCAGUAGCUGGCGUUUACAGGGGAACGAGGGAGGGAUGGGUUCCCGUCUUUCCUCAAAAUCCUGACCGGGGCCAAGGAGAAGGGCACUAGAAAGAGGCCGGCGCCCCCCCUGCAAGGGGCAAAGCCUGUGACUCCUACACCUCACGGUGACAAACGUCUCCCUGGGCACACGCUGGCCAUCGUUGGACAAACGACAAGAGCGGAGGCGGGCAUGCGGGAGCAAAGCAGCCGCAGGCCGGAUUCGGCUUCCUCGGACUUCUGGGCCUGGGGAGGGUAGAGGCCAGAGACCCUCCGAAGCUCCUCCAGUUGCAGGUCACACUAACGUGUCUGAAGCGGGUUUGCCGGAGGAGCGUGCGGGUCUCCCCUUCGGGGCCACUCGGUCCACUGGGAUCCCAUUUCCCGCCCUUUGCCCCGCUCCAUGAUCCCACCCGGGCACUGCAGCUGAGCUCUGCAGGCGGCAGAGAAGCGCCGCGACGAAAGUGCGGGCGAAGGACCGGUCCCCGUCCGCCUUGCGGGGCGAUGCGCUCGGGCCCGGCUCCAGCACAAAACUUUUCCGGCUCUGAGUUUAAGACGCGUGCGCGCAAGGUGGUGGCCGAGCCGGAGGAGGAAGCGGGAGCCCGCUGUCCCGAGGGCCUGUGGCCUCUACCCCCACAGGUGUCACCAAGAGUGGUUUUCGCGCGGAUGAGCCGAUGGCAGGCUGAGGAUGUCAGCUUCCUCUACCACCCCUGUGCACACCCAUGGCUGAAGCUCCAGCUUGCCCUUCUGGCCCACCUUUGUGUGGCCCGGCCCUCACUGGCCCCUGACUCUAGCCUCACUCAGGAGCGGCCCCUGGUGUUGGCAGCAUGGGGGGUGGUGCUGGAAAUGGCGUGGAUAGAGCCAGCCUGGGCUGCCCACCUGCUGAAGAGGCGGCGGCGGCGGAGGAGGAGGCAGAGGAAGAAGGCCUGGUUCUGCCCUGAUGGUCUUUCUGGGCUGUCUCCCUUGGUCCCAAGGCCAGGGCGAAGGAGGCUGUGCUGGAGAGGGUGUGUGCAGGCCCCAGCUUUAGCCUUUACUCUGUGGAGCUGGAGGCCCUCCGGUGCAGAGGAGGCAACUAGAGGGCCCAGGCACCUCUCUCCUGGCAGUGCCAAGAGGCGUGGGCUGCGUGCUGCCUUCCGUCUCCAGCCCACCCCCUCAGCCCUGAGGUUCCCCUCUGCUUCUCCACCGAGCUUGGAGGCCAAGUGGCCGGUAUUGGCAGCUCAGGGUGAGGGAGGUAAGGUGCCCUCUGUGCCCACUCUCUCCUUGCUGCCCGAGGGUCUGGGCGGCAAUGCCAGCUCUGGGCUAGAGACCCAGGGGCCCAAAGGGCAGAGCGGCCAAGGCGGCUGCACCUGUCCAGGUGGGGCUUCCCCAGCCCCUCAGGCAGCAGUGCCUCCACCCGUAGUCCGGGGUCCCACCCCUCGCACGGAGGAAGCCGCUUGGGCUGCCAUGGCCCUGACCUUCCUGCUAGUGCUGCUCACUCUGGCCACGCUCUGCACUCGGCUGCACCGGAACUUUCGACGCGGGGAGAGCAUCUACUGGGAGCCCACAGCGGACAGCCAGGACACGGUGGCCGCUGUGCUGAAGCGGAGGCUGCUCUUGCCCCCACGCCGGCUCAAGCGCUCCCGCCGGAGACCCCUUCUCCCGCCCUCGCCGGACAGCGGCCCAGACGGGGACAGCUCCGACUGACCUGCCCCAGCCCUGCCACUGCAGUGGUGGUGGUGAAGGGGACCUUUGCCCAGGAGGCCGCGACCUCUGCCACGUGGACCCUGCGCGGGACCGCCCCCUGGCGGCCGGCCGGAGCGCUUCCCGCCUAAGCAUCGCAAAGGGGCUUGUCCCUCCGCCUCCGGUGUGGCUUGCUACCGAGGGUUGAGGGAAGGGGCCCACAGCCUCCCUUGCCUGUAUUUCUAAUUAAAUUAUUUUGGUAGAGUC